UCUCGCGGACGGACCAGGAACAUGGCGGCGGUGCGGGAGGCUGCGGGGAAGGAGAAGGAUGUUUCUGUGUCCCCGGGGGGUGAGGGGGGACUGCACCCGCUCACAGGAGCAGCGUUCCUGACGGCGGUGGCGUCGGCCGGGAUGAUGUUCGGGUUCGGGUCGGCGCUGGCGAUGGCGAGGAAGAAAAGUCCGGACUGGUUCAGUAAGGGGAAAUACAGGAAGCAAAGCUUGAAGGGCGUGGCGGUGAAGGCGGCGGCCCCCGAGGGCGGGGCCUCCCUGGCCCUCAGGGCCCUGGGCUGGGGCUCCCUGUGGGCCUGGACCGGGGUGGGGCUGCUCAGCCUGGCGGCCUGGAGGAUCCUGGACGUUCACAGCCUGCCGGAGUUCCGUCAGAAGAUGCAGACCUUGUUCCCUCCGAUCCCCAAGAACCCGGAGCCAACUGGACCGGAACCGGACUGGGACUCUGUGUUCGGGUCCAAGUGAACCGGGUCGGUUCUGGUCCCGGCAGGAACCGGGCCUGAGCUCUGGGUCCUGGAGAACCUGGAGAACUGGACUCCUGCUGACCGGGCCGGGUCGACCCGGAUCAGGGGUCACCAGGCCUGGACCGGUACCACCAGAACCGGGCCCGGUGACCCGGGGUCACCAGGCCUGGACCGGUACCACCAGAACCAGGCCCAGUGACCCGGGUCGGUGGAGGACCGGUUCUUCUUCUGUGGUGUUGGAGGUCCAGACGGGUCGGAGCAGCCGGUCCUGGAGUGACCAGAGUGACCCGGCAGAUCCGGGUCCAGCAGAACCAGUGACCCGGGUCUGGUUCUGGUCCUGGUUCUGGUUCUGUCUGUAAAUCUGUAAAAACUUUUCUGUCCUGGUUUUUAUUUAAGAUUAAAGUUUGAAAAUACUUUGAU